UAAUAAUCAGAAAACAGCUGUUUGCUUUCUUCUCCCUUAAGGAAACCACCUGGUGGUAGUUGGAAGAGACAACCUCUGGGAGCUGCCUAGUGGCAGCAAACCCAACUCAUUUCCUUAUUUCCAGUUUUUUAAAGGCCCCGCUCCCUUUUUCUGUUGGUUUGUUAUAAUCCAGAUGGGUGCCUUAUUGGAGAGCUGACGCAGCCGGCAGAGAUCUUCCAUUGGGAGCGCUGUGCGGGGCGGAGUUAGGCCGCUGCUGGGCUCUCUCCUUAGGCCGGGCCGGGCUUUUUUUGCCUUGCAGGUUGGCUGAUGAUUCCCGGGGGUCGGACGCUGCAUUUUAGCAGGCGAGAGCUAGAGGGGAGCAGAGCAAGCUAGAAGACGCCAAUGGCUGCGCCGAACCCAGAGAAAAGCCUCCAGGAUGAAGCCACCUGUUCCAUCUGCCUGGAUUAUUACCAGAACCCGAUGAUGGUCAUCGACUGUGGCCACAACUUCUGCCGGGAUUGCAUUGCCCAGUGCUGUGAAGGCUCCAUUGCCAAUGUGUUCUCCUGUCCGCAAUGCAGAAAACCCUUCCCUUGGCAGAACCUGCGGCCAAACAGGCACCUGUGGAAUAUCGUUGAGCUGGCCAUGCAGUUCAGCAAGCGGCGAGCCAAGGAGUUGGGAGAACAGACACUCUGCAAGAAACACCAGGAGCCGCUGAAGCUCUUCUGCGAAUACGAUCAAACGUCCAUCUGCGUGGUUUGUGACAGGUCCAAGCUGCAUAAAUAUCACAGCGUGAUUCCUAUAGAGGAGGCCGCUCAGGUUUACCAGGAGAAAAUACAUCACUGCUUGCAAACUCUGAAAGAAGAGAGAGACAAGAUUUUAUCGUUUAAAUUAGAUGCAGAGAAGCCAAGCCAGGAUCUGCUGGCAGAAACUGAAGCCGAGAGGCAGAAGCUUGUGUUGGAAUGUCAGCAGCUCCGCCAGUUGCUAGAGAAAGAAGAGCAGCUCCUGUUAACCCGGCUGCAGAAGCUGGAGAUAGAGAUUGAGAAGAAGAAGGAAGAGCAUGCAGCUAAAUUUUCCGAGGAGAUUUCCCAUAUCAGCACCCUAAUUGGCGAGCUGGAGCAGAAGGGUCAGGAGCCGCCAGGUGGGCUGAUGCAGGAUAUUGGAAGUAUCUUCAACAGGUGCAAGAGGGGCAAAUUUCAGUUUCCUACUCCACCUGAUUCUUCGGAGCUCAGUACAAUGCUUCAGGAAUUCUCCAAAGAGAGUGCUUCACUGCAGGGCAAACUCAGGAAAUUCAGAGAGACUUUGGAUGAACAAAAGUGGAUAAAUGAGAACGUGACACUGGACCCCAUGACGGCUCACCCUCGAUUUGUUGUGUUUGAUGGUCAGAAAGCUGUCGCAUGGGGAUCUGUCCGCCAGGAGCUUCCCUACAGCACCGGACGAUUUGACCCCACCCGCUGCGUGCUUGGCUGUCAAGGAUUCACCUCAGGGAAGCAUCAUUGGACAGUGGAUGUGAGCAAAGGAACUUUCUGGGCUGUGGGUGUAGCCAAAGAAUCUGUGAAGAGGAAAGGACAUCUGAAUAUUGUCCCUGAGGAGGGAAUCAUGGCUGUGGGUUUUAACAACGGUCAGUACAAAACCUUAACGUCGCCCCCGACCAUUCUGAACCCAAGUAAACACCCCCAAAAGAUUCAAAUCCGUUUGGACUAUGAAGGAGGAACUGUGGGGUUUUUUGAUGCGGAAGAAAACAAGCGCCUUGUUCUCUUUAGUGUCAAAUUUGUGUCAAAAAUAUUUCCUUUCUUCCGAGUUGGGGACAUGAACACUGUGCUCCGCCUGUGUUAAAUUAUAUCUGUUCUUCUGUUGGACUUGGGUCUUUGG